AUGAAGGCAAUCGAGGAAUUUCCACAGACAACCUCGAAGAAAGUGGUGCUUCAAGUUUUGGGACAAAGCAGAUUCUACCGGAAAUGUGUUCCAAACUUCAGCAGCAUCGUGGCAUCGUUAAUAGAUUUGCUGGAGAAGAACACAAAAUUUCGGGCGGCGCGCUCAAGCUCAAAGGAGUCUCCGACCUGGGCGUCAAAAGGUGAGACCGCGGGCGGAGGGAGCGGCAGGGCGGCCCGGGGCCCAACUCCAUCCCGGGGCUCGGGGCCCAACUCCAUCCCGGGGCCCGAGGCCCAACUCCGUCCCGGGGCUCGGGGCCCAACUCCGUCCCGGGGCCCGAGGCCCAACUCCGUCCCGGGGCCCAACUCCGUCCCGGGGCCCGGGGCCCAACUCCGUCCCGGGGCCCGGGGCCCAACUCCGUCCCGGGGCCCGGGGCCCAGCGCCAUCCCGGGGCUCGGGGCCCAGCGCCAGCCUCCCGGGAAUUUCACAGGAAAGGCCUCGGUCUCGAAGAAAUUGCUCAGCCCCAGGACCUGCCCUUCCAUCAUCAGCCGGAAGAAAAAGAAGAGUAAAGAAAGUAAAAAAAUGCUGCAACAGAUCAUCUCAAAUCAGAAACAGCACAUGGUGAGAGAGGAGGCAGGAGAACAUAAGCGAGUGGCUGUGGACAAAAGAACUCCAGCGCAGAAGGCGUUUGAUAAGAUGCAGGAGAAGCGGCAAAUUGAAAGGAUUCUGAAGAAAGCAUCAAAAACUCACAAACAGAGUGUGGAGGAGUUUAACCGACAUCUGGAUACGCUCACAGAACAUUAUGAUAUUCCCAAAGUCAGCUGGACGAAAUGAGAUGAAGAAAGCUUUUGGGCAUCUUUUUAUUGGGAUUUCUGUUUGUUUUCUGAACUCAUUUAUCUGCAGUAAAUUAAAAUGGAUUUGCUGUCUGUAUCAGUUGGUCUGUGAGGAAGAGACCUGAGCCGUUGCAGAUUAAUCUCUCAUUAGACAGUUUAACAGUUAGUAAAUAUAAUGUUUCUGUUGACCUGAUUCUUGUGGUUACAUAUUCUCUAACUUUAGAACAGUUUGCAAUGCUGUGAAAAAAACAAUAGCUGAUCAUGUGACUUUGAGUGGGGAGUCAACUAUUCUGUGGCAGAAUUGCUUUAUUUCUCUCUAAUUUUUGUAUGUCUUCCUGCAGUAAUGUAUCACAACAUUCAGAUCUAAAGCUAACCAGCUUGCUGAUCCUUGCAUAAAUGCUGGGUAUAGUUUUUUUUGUUUUAAACACAUAAUCCCUUCCAAACAUAGCCAACAUUGAAUUAGUUUUGAAUUUGUUUUUGAGUAUGACUGAAAGGAAACUCAUGGGCAGAGGGAGGGAAGUGGUGAUAGUUGAAUUUCUGGGAUGCCACAGAAAUUUUAUAAAGGAGCUGAUUGAUGUACCUUCUAUUGUUGGGAGUCUGACCAAAGUUGAUGCCAUUCUAUAACAUCAUUGGACUGUCAGCUGUACCUUAUAGAUAUGUGAAGGAAUGUAAUUCAAUCAGUUGAGCUCUUGCCCUGUGGCUGAGCCAGAUUCAUUGGUUGCUGUUCAUUAGGGUGCCUUCCUCCUGAUGUUCAAAAUCUGGCCAAAUAAAACUCUUAACAUUCA